AUGGCAUCACCAUCUCAAAACUUUGCAUCCAAGUUAACAGCACUUGUUGUGGAUGAUGAUGCAAUGACCCGAAGAAUUCAUCAAAUGACGUUGAGUAACUUAGGAGUUAACAACACUUGUGUGAAAAACGGAAAAGAAGCAGUGGAAAUUCAUCAGUAUGGUAAAAAAUUUGACCUAAUCCUGAUGGAUAAGGAUAUGCCUGAGAUGAAUGGAACUGAGGCAACAAAGCAACUACGCUUGAUGGGGAUAUCUAGCACCAUUGUUGGUGUAUCUUCACACUCUAUGGAAGAGAAGGAAAUAGUGGUAAAAUUUAUGGAAGCAGGACUCGACGAAUAUCUAGAGAAACCAUUGGAUAAGGCAAAACUCAAUUCCAUUCUUCAUGCCGUUGAAAAAAUAAAAGAAAAAGAAAAUUCCAUUCCUCACAAGAUUGAAUGA